CCAGGUCGGAUUAUGCUUUUGGUAGUCUUUGUAACCCUAAUGGCUCUGUAUGCCGCCUACUCUGCUAAUAUAGUGGUAUUGCUACAAGCACCAUCUACUGCUAUACGAACUUUGGAUCAGCUAGUACAAUCUGGCAUGACAUUGGGAGCCAUUGAUACGGAUUACAACCGCUUUGUUUUUAGGAUGUUCAAGGAUCCUGUCCGUACAGCUGUAUUUAAAAAAGUGGAACCAAACAAACAAGACGGCCAUUAUUACAAUUUAGACGAAGGUGUUAAAAGGAUUAGACAAGGUCUUUUCGCAUACCAUUCAAUGUUGGAGCCAGUUUACCGUUUAGCUCAAGAGACGUUUCUUGAAACGGAGAAAUGUGACCUGAUGGAAAUAGACUAUAUGUACGCAAGAUAUCCUCUGGUGCCCAUAUACAAACAUUCACCUUACUUGGAACUGCUGAGAGUUGCGCUCAAGCGCGUUAAAGAAUCUGGAAUCCAAUCAGCGCUACACAGACGCCAUCAAGUACCAAAACCAAAAUGCACGGAUAACGUAUCUUCAUUCAAUAGUGUCGGACUACUCAAUCUGAGACCGGUGGUGUAUUUUAUGCUCUACGGCAUUGCGGCUUCUGUUAUAAUAUUAAUGAUUGAAAUUGCUGUUCACAAGAUAUCAGCGGAUAAUAAAUCUUCAUCUGGAUCUAAAUAGUAUAUUUAAAGUUCGAGUCUGAAGAUGUCAGCUAGAAGAG